CAGCACCAAACCUAGGCCUACUUCAAAUCGAUUAGGAAAUAGUCCAAAACAAGAAAUAUCAUGUUGAACAUGAUGUUUGACUAGCAGUGCAAAUUUUGAUUCCUUGACGGGGAGAGAACUUUCAUUAUCGUGUUGACGUGAUCUAGGCUGGAAAAAAUGGCACUUGAGGAAGUGUUUAGGAAGUAUGAUUAUGUUCAUGGCACAGAAGAGACUGAUGAUGCUCUACAAGAAACUCUUGUACAACAACGUGGAGAUUUUGAGGACGCAGGUAACGUGCAAAAUCUUCAGAAAUGCAUGUCCGUCCUACAAGAGAAAAUCUGUGUAAAAGGAUUCCCGGCAAAGAGGACCCCAGGCUAUAUAAUGGCUUCCAACUCCCUGGAGGUCAUCAAGUAUGUAAUGAAUGAUUGUGUCGAUAAUGACAGAGCAACUGAGGAAGAUUGUCAGAAAAUGCUGUUUGACUUCCUGUUGGCAUGUUUACGCACAGGACCAGGAUCUGCCCUCGGAGAUAUCAUUGGAGAUGUCCUUAGUAUCCAACACAUGGAGAACUAUUUAGAAGCAUUAAAGGGCAAGGAGUUGACAAAGCUCAUCUCAGCAAUGAAGGAAUUCACACACACAUCGGAGGAACCAAAGAUGUCUCUUGAAGACCAAAGUUCUUGCUGGGAUCACUGCAUCUGUGGAGUUUUAGACACAAUGAGUGAAAGUAAAAACCUUCAGGACGCCGACUUUCAAGAACAGUUACUGGACCUGUUCAUAUUCUAUUUCCUCAAGAUGAAAGACGUGCCUGUCGAAUACGACCUGCCUGUACAAAAUGUCAUGGACAAAAUAAAGUCCUUGUACAGAGAAAAUUAUGACAGAAACCCAUACAAGAAUCUGAAGAAUAAAGACAUUUUUUGCAAGCACAUGAUACACAUACAAGAUGUGAUUGGUGACGAGAAAUUUGGAAGAAGUGAGAAACAAGUGGAACAAGCUCACGAUAUUAUCAGACUCAUUCUCAAGGGCAUGGGUGAACAUCCAAAGGAUUUGAAAGAUAUUUGGGACAAUGUUCUAGAUUUUAUGAAGACUUUGUCCUUUUCAAAGAAAUGUGCUGAGUUUCCUAAGAUCAUGGAACGAUUCAAGUAUUUCUUUGAAGAAAUGCCAAAAGGAUCCUUGAAGGAGCACCCUCAGCUUGUAGACAAAUGGGCACCUGUAUUUGGAGAGAUACUUCUGAAGACUCCGUCAGUAAAAGCUUUAGAAACCUGGGUCUACAGGAUGGCAGACACAGUACAGGAAGAAUGUGUACUGAAGAAGGAUUCUGCUGCUGCUUGGUUCCCCAUCCUGAAGGGUCUCUACAGAUGUGGACAGAGGGAGAGUGCAAAGACAGCAACCGACAUUCUGGACGAAGGAAAAUUCAAAAAAAUUUGGACAUGGAAAAAAAAUUACCAAGAUGCGAUAGAAAUGAUCGAAAUCAUAGGCAAAGUGGACUUUCCAACCUCUGGCGAUAACAACGACAGCAAUUUAUUGGCGGCCUACGGAGACGGCAUCAAAAGUCUCCUGGAGCAACUAACGCUGGCCAAAGUUGCAGACAAAACGAUGGGAAGUGUAGCUAAUUUUGUUGUGUCAAUGAUGGAAAAACGGUCAGGAUUUCUCAACGAGUUCACUGAGCGAUUUGCGGACAAAGUUUCACUAGAGAACAACCAAGAUGUUAUCCCUGAUCUAGUCAAGAGAUUUUCCGUACUCUUCCUGGAUGCAGAUUAUCCAUGGGACAACCUGGAUACAAGCAGAUGUGGCCAGGCCAUCUUUGAUAGUGUCAUCUCAGCUUAUAGCUCCGGGAAGGACAUGCCUGAUGAUGUGACUGAGAUUCUGGUCAAGAUGUUGCUGUACUCCAUGGAAGCGGAGGAUCUGGAAUAUAUGAACAUGGAGUACGGAUCUAUUACAAUUUACGGCCUGGCUGCAUCUGCAUAUCUGAUCAUGUUUGUGACCAAGCAUGCCAUCAGUGACUGUCCUGACAGAGCCCUGGGGCCACUGAUGGCGGCCAUCGUAAAACAGAUGGACCAUGAAGAGGAGCCUCUCCUGGAAGCAGCUCGCAAUAUCAUGGCAGUGACAAGUAGCCAAGUGCCGGCUCUUGUCAGCCCGCACGUACCGACUUUCAUCCAGUGGUACCAGACUACUCACUCUGUCGAGGCUUUAUACGCUUUAUCGAAACCAUAUCAAGUUGGUGACGGAAUCUCAAAAGAGGAUUUUGAAAAAUUAAUGAAAGCCUUUGCGGAAGACCCGAGUUCAACUGCUGGACCCUUACAAUCUCUUGUUAUAAUGGAUAUGGGUGAAAAACAACCAGAGCUGUUUACGCAGGAGCAUGUUGACAUGAUAUUAAGCCCAAAAAUGAUGGACGAUACGAACGUCCAGUAUCGGAUUUUGAUGGCAAUGAGCGCAGUCAUCUCUAAGCAACCGCAGCUGUUCGGAAACAAUGUCAUUGAUUGUGUCCUGAAGAAUCCAAAAUUAAGCUUAACCUAUUCACAUGCGAUAAAGACAAUCGGAGUUAGCUUUGCAUUUCAUCAUACGGAGUUUGUGGAGACUGUUCUGACUGAGUUUCUGAAACUGUCUAAAAAGUGCGACGAUCCCAAUUACCAAGUAGCAUUGGUUGACGGUAUUCGUACACUGGGAACACAGCACGGGAUCGAACGACUCAAGCCACAUCGCCCAUACAUCGAGGAAUUGCAGAAAAAUGGAAAAUCUGCUGCACUCAAAGACCAGGCCACUUCUAUUCUUAAUGAAAUGGAUGGUAUCAGUGUGGAAGGCAUAGUGAAGGAUGUUGAACAGCAGAAGGGAGAUAUAAAUGUCCUCAACACUAAGGUCACCGAAACAACGGCUAAAGUUGACGUGGUUGAUAAGAAAGUUGACAAGCAGGGAAAGGAAAUUGUUACGGUCAAAACUGGACUUAAAGCUACCAAUAAACGUGUGGAUAACGUAGAAAAAGAUCUGGAUGAAACGAAAAUCAAGGUUGAAGAGGUCGACAACAAGACAAUGACCAAUGCCCCUAAAUGGUCAAGAGAUCUGACCAAGCUGAUGAAUCCACAGUCAGAUCAUGACUGGAGACUUCUGGCGAAGAGAUUGGCGUACACACCUGAUGACAUCAAGGGCUGGGCGACCCAGCACGACCCCUGUAUGGGCCUCCUCAGUGAGUGGUACGCCACCCACAAGACGAUCGAGGCCACCCACGCUGUACUAGUCGCUCUACAGGAGAUAGACAGGAUGGAUGGUGCCGCCAUUGUCGAGAAUGCCAUGAAGGCUGUAGAGGGAGUUGUGGAAGAAGAGGUAGACUACGCCACACCUCCACCUAUCUUCCUUAGUUACCAGUGGGGUCAUCAGAACGAGGUCAAGUUACUGCGCAAUCACCUACAAAUGGCCGGGUACGAGUGCUGGAUGGACAUCGGUCAAAUGGGAGGUGGGGACAAACUGUUUGAGAAGAUUGACAACGGAAUCCGUGGCGCCAAGAUCAUUAUAUGUUGUGUGUCCGAAAAGUAUUCCAAAUCUCCCAACUGUAACAGAGAGGUAAACCUAUCUGUAAGCUUGGGGAAGCCUAUGAUUCCCCUUCUGAUGGAGAAGAUGGCCUGGCCCCCUAAGGGCUCUAUGGGACCCAUCUUCAGCGAGUAUUUGUUCGUGAGAUUCUUCCAGCGAGGAGGAGAGGAGACCAAAGACCAACGUUUUUGGCCAGUCCCCAAGUUCCAGGAACUGUUGAUGCAACUUAACAUGUAUAAAGCCAUGCCUGAUGAAUCUCUUAUAACUGAAGAGUACAAGGAUUGGUGGACACCUGUGGCAGAAGAAAUUGUCAUUACCAAAAAGAAAGAUGGAGGUCAAAGUUCAUCAGGAAAAGUAGAAUCAACUCAGGGGGAAGAAGAGUCGUCCCCUGACGUGUUUCUGUCGUACCAGUGGGGUAAACAGAAACAGAUCAAACAGCUGUACAGGAGACUGAAUGAGCUUGGAUACAGCUGCUGGAUGGAUAUCUACCAGAUGGGAGGCGGGGACUCGCUGUACGACAAAAUUGACCGGGGAGUCCGUGGCUGUAAGGUCGUCCUAAGCUGUGUGACCUCCAAGUACGCACUGUCGGCCAACUGUCGCAGGGAGGUGAGUCUGGCCGAUUCUCUAAAGAAGCCAAUGGUUCCUCUCCUCCUGGAGAAGAUAGACUGGCCCCCCACUGGUCCUAUGAGUAUGGUCUUCACACAGCUUCUCUUUAUCAAUUUCUACCGUGAUGAGGCCGUCCAAAUGUCCUGGAACGGAGAUAAAUUUGAUGAACUCAGUGGUAAGAUACAGGAAUACAUCCCAGCUAUAUCGAAUGCUGGUCAUCCAGUAGCUGUCAAAGGUCCAGACAAGUCACCAACAGAGAGCAAAGUCGACUCACCACCGACAACAACCAAACCAUCUGAAGACAAGGGUCCCGGUCCGAAGGUAACAUUUGCUGAAGUGAAGACAGAUGAAACAACAAAACAAACAGCACCCAAAGAAGAAACAAAACCUGCUGCAAAGCCGAAAAAGUCAUCAGCAUGUGUAAUACUCUAAUGUCUAACAGCACUAUAGUACGAAAUCGACUCAACAGUGUGCAGCACUAUGGUAUGAAAUUGACUCAGCACUGUACAGCACUAUAGUACAAAAUCGACUCAACACUGUACAGCACUACAGUACACCAUGUGUUCUACUUUGGCGCCACAUAUUUUCCAUUGGACAUAGCUCUCUCUAAAGUUCUUAUCCAGAUAAUUCAGUUCUACUCAAAAUAAAAUAUAUAGAAUGUACCAGCGAAGGAACGCAUAAAUCUUUAUUUUUCUACAAAUGUGAAUAAUAACCAUAUCAUUUUAGUUUUUUCAUACAUCUCAAAAAUCUCAUAAUUAAUGUAUAUGGAUGUAAUUAGAUAAGAGACACAAUUGUUCAUUUGAUACUACUAUUUAUUUUCUUAUCUCUUUACUGUUUUUAUCAAGUAUUAAUGCCUU